AUGGAUUCUGCAAGUAACGACGAAGCUGGAUCACUAUCGCAUUCUAUGGAUGAAGUAAACAAUGUUCAGAUCUCUAUGCCUUCCGUUAACUUUGAUCACGAUCAGCCUUUUUGUGUUAACGGUUUCGAACAGCAAGAUUCUAUCUCAAGCCAUGUCUAUGAAUUACCAAGUGGUUCAAGGUAUUGGAUCCCAGUUGUUCCUGCUGAAGUUAUGCCUUAUACAGGAGCUAGGUUUCGUUCUUUACAAGAAGCUAUGAUUAUGUAUGAAAACUAUGCUGAGCAUGCUGGUUUCAGUACUCGUUUAGGUACUACAUCAACAAACAAACAAGGUGUAAUUACAUUCAAAUAUAUUUUGUGUUCUAAAGCAAACAAACCGAAGGAUCAAGAGGAUUCAGGUUCUUCAAACUCUUUAUCAAGGCGCACAAAUUUCAAAGUUACGGAUUGCAAAGCUUUAAUAAAAGUUAAGCUUGUCAAAAAUUCCACAGAUUAUGUAGUUUAUGAGUUUGUUGAUGUACACAAUCACGGGCCUAUUUCUGAACACAAUUUAGAUUUGAGCAAAAAAAGAAGGAAAUUGGAUGUUGCAACAAAAGAAUUUAUCUCCAAUUGUCAUUUGGCUAGUAUCGGGUCAACUAAAGCAUACAAACUUCACGUAGCGUUAAAGGGUGGGCAUCAUAAUCUUCAAGGUACACUUACGGAUUACAAGAAUUUUGCUAGAGACAUCAGAGAUUUCAUUGGUGAUAGAGAUGCUCAAAUGGUUGUUGAGAAAUUCAAUGAGCGGUCGAAGAAUUUAAUGGAUUACACCUUUAAAUAUGAAACUAUUGAAACAGAGCUUAUAUCUUUAUUCUGGGUUGAUAAUGUUUCUAAAAGGAAUUAUGAGGCUUUUGGAGAUGUUGUGGCUUUUGAUGCAACAUAUAAGACAAAUAUGUACAACAUGAUUUUUGUUCCAUUCACGGGUGUUGACCAUCACAAGAAAUGCACGGUCUUUGGGGCUGCUUUGUUGCAUAACGAAACGAUUGAAUCAUAUACAUGGCUUCUUCGGAUGUUUGUUGCUGUUCAUGGCAAGCAACCUGUUUUAAUUUUAACGGACCAAGACCCGGCUAUGAAGCAGGCAAUUCAUAUUGUCCUUGACAAAUCGAUACACCGAUUAUGCAUGUGGCAUAUUAUAGAGAAGCUACCUUUGAAGAUUGAUGGAGAUGUGGGGAAAAAUAAGAAGUUUCGCAAAGCAUUUCACAAACUGGUUUGGAAUGUCUAUAUUGAACCUUCUACAUUUGAAAGGAGGUGGAAUCGGUUAAUGGAUGAGUAUGGAUUACAAGAUCAUCCUUGGCUAUCUGAUAUGUAUGCUAUGCGGGUUGAGUGGAUUCCCGCUUAUUUUAGAGAUAUCCCUAUGUGUUGUUUAAUGAAAACAACAUCUAGAUGUGAAAGUGCAAAUCAUCGCUUUAAAUCCAAUAGUAGUGCGCGCAAUACUUUGGUGCAAUUUAUGUUAUGUUUCGAGACAACUUUGGAAGGCCAACGUCAUGAUCAGCGUGUUCUUGAUUACUCAACGGAAGAAACUACACCGAGAUUCAAAACCCCGCUAGCUAUUGAGCGACAUGCAAAUGAGAUCUAUACUAGAACUAUAUUCUUUGAAGUCCAAAAGGAGAUAGAUAAAGGUUUUAGGUUAUCCUACAUUGUUGAACGGGGGAAAACAGAUGGUUUACAUACAUAUGUUGUUGCUCAUCAAAGUCACACAUCUGAGAUUAUAAAUGAAUUCAAGGUUACAAUUGAUUUGUCUGAUCAUAGUGUAACAUGCGUGUGUAUGGGAUUUACACGUGUCGGGUAUCUUUGUCGACAUGUUUUUUGUGUGUUUAGAACUCAUAACAUCGAGAAGAUUCCUUUGAAGUAUGUGCAUCCUCGUUGGCGUAAAGAUGCUCUUCCAAGUAGCAUUCACAGCUUGGCUAACAGAUAUUUUGUUAACGAAAGUAAAAGGAUGAUGUUAAGGCGUCGCAUUAUUGAUAACAUUCAGAUGUGCACUGAUCGAGUGAGAUGUAAUGAUGAUAAACUUGAAGAACUUGAUCGACAAGUUCAAUUAAUAAAGGAUAAGAUUUUUGAAGAAUUUCCAUCUGAGCCUUCAUAUAAUAAAAAUGGUGUUAUAAUUGAGGAGUUGAUAUCUCAUUCAGAACCCUCAGAAGUAACUGUUAUAGCCCCGAAAGGAAUUCGGAACAAAGGUUGUGGAAAACAUAAACGUCUAGUUGGUUCACGUGAGAAGGGCAAACAGAAGAAUAAAGGUAAAUCAAAAUUACCUUUCAAAAAAAAAGGUAAAUCAAAAUUUGUCAAGAAGAUCAAGAAGAGAAAAUGUAAUUUUUGUAAUGAAUUAGUAGAUGAUCAUGAUUCUAGGAAUUGUCCAAUAAAGACAGGCAAACCUGUCAAAAAGAAAAAGAAACCAUCAGAUGAGGAUGAAAUUGACGAAAUUGAAGAUGAGGAAGAAAUGGAUUUUGAAUCAAGCGAUGAAGAAACAGAUGUUGAAACAAGUGAGCAAGAAUAG